AUGCAAACGAAGAAGGCGCUGUCAAACUCAGUGAAUGAGCGCCCCAUUAUUGGGAUCCUCUCUCAGCCUGGUGCGCCGGCCCCUGAUGGUGACUCGUACAUUGCCGCCAGCUACAUUAAGUGGGUUGAGGCCGCUGGAGCGCGCGUCAUCCCCAUCUUCUAUGACGACACACAGGAGGACAUCAGGCGCAAGUUUGCCGCAAUCAACGGGCUGCUGCUGCCCGGCGGCGGCGCCAGGCUCAAGCCGGGGCACCUCUUCUAUGACACGGCCGCCCAGCUGGUUGGCUUGGCCAUCAAGGCCAACGAUGCAGGCGAUUACUUCCCGGUGCACGGCACCUGCCUCGGGAUGGAGACACUCUCCAUCAUUGUGAGCGGCAACUACAGUCUGCUGGCGGACAUGGAUGCGGAGGAUGCGGCCGCACCCCUGCUCUACACUGAUGUCGCAGAGGACAGCCAUUUCUUCAGCUCCCUGCCCCCAGUCGUGGUGCGCAACCUGCAGAACCAGGCCAUUGCCAUGGAGAACCACAUGCACGGCGUCCUGAUGACGUCAUACGAGGAGAACCCCAAGCUCAAGGACUUUUUCAAGGUGCUCUCCCUCUCCCUGGACCGCAAGGGGCUGCCCUACAUCUCAACCAUGGAGGCCCGGAAGUACCCCAUCACCGCGACGCAGUGGCACCCUGAGAAGAACCAGUAUGGUGAGUUCGCGGCCGCAGCCCGGCCCCCUUUUGUGUGUGUGGGUAUCACCUUGUCGCUGGGCUGA